CUUGUUUGCAGUUGCCUGCCUCGACCAAGGCUGCUUUCUUCAUCGAAUCGCGUAAUUUAGCAAGACAACCUCGCGCCUGCCAUUUGCCUCCUCAAGCUCACUUGUCUCGAUCCCUUAUUCCCCUCUCAUGUCGUCAGAUUACGUUGAGGUGCGAGUCGCCUUGCAGCGCAGAGUGCGACGCCGACGGCCGUGGCUGGAAGCAGCACAGACACCUUUCCGCGACGACGCGCCGAUGGUUGGGCCGCCCAAGACGACUGCCGCAGACUUCGAGAUGCCCCGGCUGCGCCGCUGCCCUUUCGACCUGGACAGCAUGGUUUGGGAAGCCCGUAUGGGCGGCGGAUUAGAUGGCUAUGUUUGGAAGGUCCGCUUCGGGACCCAAGGACCUUUCGUACUGAAGGUGUUCUGGGAUGCCCAGCCCGUCGACUUUCCAACUUACUACGCCCCGCAGCGAGAAUGCCAGAAUGCCGCUCUCCUCCAGAUGAUGCAAACCGCAGUGGAGCAGGCGGCUGCAGCCUCUCGUCCAAUCUUGGUCAACCCCAAGCCGACAACUUGGGACGACGCGAUCGCCAACCUCGCCGCCUUUUCCGACGAGGCACGUCUGAAACAGCCGUCACCGGCCGAUCAGGGCUCUGGGCCCCCCCAAGAAGGCUUCUGCCAGAUAUCGACCAUGCCACGCGUGAAGAAAUGCUACGGCUGGCUGACAAUCCCCGGUACGAUAUUCCGGGAACUGCACUGGACACUCCGGCCGCCCCCAGUUCAGGUUGACAGGAUCAAACGUUACCUCACGCCUGACCAGGAAUACAUCGCAAUUGUCUACGAGUACGUCGAGGAAGGCGAAAACGACCCCGAGACGAUGCAGAAAGCGAUGGACUUUUUUUGGCUUGCCGGCUUCAGCUGUGCCUUCUCACCCCUCUUAAGGAACUGGAAAAGCGGAGUGCUCGUGGAUCUGUCCGAUAUCGUUCCACCCCGCGGAUAUGGAUGGCAAGAGAAACUCUACAAAGAUGGGCCAGAGUCGGCACAUGUCCUGCUAAAACAGCCUCUGCCGGCGGGACCCGUGAGAGCACGCGCGUGUACCUAAUCCUCCUACACUGUCGGCGCGCAGUCAUCAAUUCCACGCACCCAUCGCUUCCCUGGCAAAUGGGUCUCAGCUUGCAGGUCCGGCAACUGCU